AUGUCGGGAGCAGAUUCAAGUAAAGCGCUUCCAGAGAGCAGUACAGCCUCGGAAAAGAAACCGGCGAUUAUAGAGCUGAAGAAUGGCAAGGUUGUGUGCAAGCAGAAACCUAUCUCGUUUGAGAAGCAGUCUGAAACGCUGCAGGAGAUUGUCAAGUUUAGGGAGAUGUUGGAGGAGAGGAUAGAAGGAGAGAAACCGCCGCUUGGUGAAGUUUCGGAUGAGCACAAACCGGUGAUUGUCAAGCUCGCUCAUGAGAGUGAUAAAGGCUUGACUGCACUCGCGAAACAUAUUCGACAGGAACUUCUGCCUGUUCAGGACGAAGACGAUGAGGACAAGGCCAAGAAGGCGAAUGAUAGUCUACCUCAAGCUGUUGUCGAGGCCGCUAUCAACUCGCUGUUGGAUCGGAAUAACUAUGGGUUGGACGCGCCGUCAGGCUCGAAGUUGCCCGCAUCUUUGACGGUAUGGAGGUGGGAGGUCAAGGAUCAGUACAAGGACUGGCUUCCGAAGAGCGCACGGGAAAGGGCGGAGACUAGGCUCGAGGAGCGGAAGCAGGCCAAACAAGCACUCAUCGCUGUAUACGAUGCUCUCCCUCAAUCCGAAAAGGACUCAAUGUUCAGCACCAAGGGCGGUGACGCGAGCAAGAAGAUGAAGGAUUCGAAUAAAGCACCAGCAUCGACCCCUGACCCUGGGGAGAAGGAUGAAAUCAUUGUCAUCGACAGCGCAAAAAAGAAAGGCAAAAAGAAGGCUACCGAGGCUGAGAACGAGGUGACUGAGGUUCCCCAGCCUGCAAAGCCGAAGAAGCCGGUUGAUCCUGAAAAAGCCGCCAAGGAGAAGGAGCGGUUAGAAAAGAAAGCCGCCAAACUUGAAAAGGAGCAGAAAGCCAGAGAUGCCCAAAACAAAUCCCGCUCAAUCAUGGCCAACUUUUUCGGCAAAGCAAAACCCGCCGCUUCCUCUUCCGCCUCUCCCUCUAAAUCUGCCAACGCCUCCACAUCUCAGUCGGAAUUCGACCGGGUCUUCAAGCCGUUUGUGCUAAAGAAGGAUUCCGUGUUGGCUCCUCAGAAUUGGUUCCUUGAGAAUAAGAAGAGGAGGCAGAAGGCGCAGGUGGUUUGUGAUGAUACCGAGGUCAUUGUUAUUGACGAUGAAGAGAGUGUGUCAGGGGAUGUAGAAAUGCUUGACGGUCCUGAGCUAACUGCCAAUGAACUUUCCAAGUUGUCGAAUAAGGAACGCUUGGACAGUAUCCUGUCCUCCAUGCCUCCGUCCCUCGAUCCUCGACGUCUUCCCCGUCGGAGACUCCCUUCAGGCUACAAAGUCUACCACCCAACAUCCGUGCGGGACAUUCUCUCGCAACUCUCAGAAGCAGAAGUAGCCGGAGAUGAUACUCUGGUGCGCGUCCUCCUCGCCAAACUCCAGGACCGCAAACUCUUCCCUGUCAAAGCGUUCAUCUUCCACGAAGAUGCUCGCCCAGGGUAUUUUGGUACUUGGACCCGCAAUUCCAAGGUGAUCGGUCCUCGCCGGCCUCUAGCGCGCGAUCUCCUCACUUUCGACUAUGGUUAUGACAGUGGGGAGGAAUGGGAGGAAGAACCGGUCGGAGACGACGUUGCGGAUGACGAUGAGGACGAUAACGAAACUGAAGACCAUGAUUCUGAUGCGGAUAGUUGGCUCGUGGAUGACCAUGAGGAGGUUGAGGUUGACCUUCGGGACCUUGAUUCAUAUGAAGUGCCGGAUUUGUUCGACCUGCCUGCUCCAGUGCCCAUUGCGAAACGCAAGUCAGAGGACGGGGAGAGGAAAAUGUCGAAGAAGAGGAAGGUGGUGGUGCCGCUCGUUCCUUUUGCCAAGGGACCGUGUUGGGAGGAGAAAGUUGGGCAAUGCUCGUAUGAGCCUUUUAAUCAGUACCGGAUUCAGCUAUUCAAUGAUACCCCAUUCCCUAUCGACCCAUUCACGUUCGAGUCGACGUGCGUGGAGGACUUCCGGGAAUACAAAGCAACACUGCAAAAACAGGCGAAUCCUGGGACGACUCAAGAUGGCUUUGUCGUUCCCUCCCUUCCUGCUCGUCUGAACGGUACAGAUCCUAUCGCAGCCAACGGACAAGGGCCUGCAGCAACAACCACAUCAUCGUCAACACCAACACCCGCCUCCUCAACCAACACCUUGCAACCCAAAAAACCGCUCAAAACGCCCUUCCCAGACGCCCACCUCCCACAUCUUGUCAACAAGAUUAUGCAGCUUGAUACUGGGAGCUUCAACUUGCUUGUGGAGUUGAUUUAUGAGGAUUUGAAGGGGAAUAAGGUGACAAAGGCUGCUAUUGAGGCUAAGAUUAGGGAGGUUGGUGAGAAGGUUAAGAAGAAGUGGGUUGUUAAGGCUGGGUGGAUGGGAUUGGUAUCGACAAAUGGGACGAAUGCGAGUGCGGCAAGUGGGACAGAGAUUUCAGUUUCGUCAUGA